AUGACGACAGCACCACCAGAUCCCGUGUUUGAGGAAUUGGCCACUAUUCCCGGCCAUGUCGCCUCCUUUUCUGCAGAUCUCGCCUCUGGGCAACUCCUAAAUGCGAAUGGACCGCUGCUUCAGGAUCAGGCGACGGUGAUCCAGAAACUGAUGCAGGAUGUCGGACAGUUGGUGUCGAGGUAUUCACCGCAAGGAGGCUCAGGAUUGUUGUCGACGGCUGAUUCUGGAACGGAGGUCGAGGAUAGUAUUGUCCGGAAAGUCACCGUUCUCACGGAAGGAUCGACGCUGGCGUUGACGAUGGCGGACAACAAAAUAUACGGGAUUGAGAAGAAGGAAUGA